CUUCUCUUUCUUUUCCGUAUUGCCGCUCUGUAUCAAAGUUUCCAUAAACCCAUACGAUUUGAAUCCGAAUACCUUUCCGUUUCUCGAAAGCUGUAUCAAAUCAAUCAUCAAACCUCUCCUUAAUUACCGCCACCUGCGAUUCUCAUUCAUCACUCUCCAUUUCCAUUUUCAUUUCAAUCCUCUGUUCUCUCUCACCUUCUCUGAAAUGUUCUGUCAAAAUCGGCGACGGAAGUAAUCGCGAUUGAGUUCUUCACAUUUGAAGGAAGUUUUCAACGAUUUUCGAUUGGAUUUGAAGACAAUAAUCGCUUUACAGACUUACAGUACAGUUGAAGGAAGUUUUCAUCGAUUUACGAUUGGAUUUGAAGAGAAUAGUCGUUUUACAGUUCUAUUCUCUCACGCAUGAACAAGGAGACUGAAUCCUGUAAAAAACAAAAAGUUUAGAGUAAUCAGACGCCAUUGAUAUACUUUCUCUACAGCUUUGGUCCGCCGCGCCGGUUUGGAUAUUGUUUUCUGAAAUGUUCGUCGAUUUCUGUGAAAAUCGUUGACGGAAGUAAUCGCGAUAGAGUUCUUUCACAGUUGAAGGAAGUUUUCACCGAUUUACAGUUCUAUUCUCUCACACAUGAUAAAGGAGGCUGAAACCUAUAAAAAACAAAAAAAAAGUUUUCUGUAAUCAGACGCCAUUGAUAUACUUUCUCUAGAGCUUUGGUCCGCUGCCGCGCCGAUAUGGAUGUUAUUAUCUGAAAUGUUCGCCGAUUAGCGAUAGAGUUCUUUCACAGUCGAAGGAAGUUUUCACCGGAUUUUCGAUUGGAUUUGAAGUUUUUUUUAUCCUAAACUUCAUUCAGGUGGGGAAAAAGUGCUGAAAUGUUGACUUGCAUUACAUGUUCGAAACAGAAGGGAGAUGAUGAAAGGGAGGAAUCUCCUCGUGAAACACCUAACACAAAAGAGGCUGUCAAAACUAUAACAUCACAGAUAAAAGACAUGGCAUUGAAAAUGUCUGGAGCUUACAAGCAAUGUAAACCUUGUACUCCAAGUAGCCAUAAAAGAGGAAGAGCUUUCCCAGAAUUUGAUACAAUUUCAGAAGGUUCCCAAUACAUUCCUGGAAGCUCAAGUUCCACACCUGCAUGGGAUUUCUCUUCAGCCCUUCAUCGGAACGAGCCACGAUACGCUAGGCCAUCCACUGGCCUCGAAUCUGUUCGAUCAGGUGAGCUCUUACUAGACGAUGAAGAAGAACCCAAAGAAUGGCUAGCCCAAGUAGAGCCUGGUGUUCAAAUUACCUUUGUAUCUCUAACAAAUGGUGGCAAUGAGUUAAAACGAAUCCGUUUCAGCCGAGAGAUGUUUGAUAAAUGGCAAGCUCAAAGAUGGUGGGGGGAGAAUUAUGAUCGUAUUAUGGAGCUAUAUAAUGUUCAAAGAUUCAACAAACAAGCACUCGAUACACCCUCGAGAACAGACGACGAGACUAGAGAUUCAUCAUUCUCCAAAUUGGGUUCAAUUAGAGAUAGUCCAACACCAUCAACACUUAACAAAGAAUGGACAAGAAACUACAACACUAAACCUUAUAACUUCAAAGAGUCAUCUGAGGUUGUGGGAUCAAGCUGUCACAAGGGCGAGUCGUCGAUGGAAGCUUCUAGAACUACGACAUCAUCUAGAGACGAGCCUUCGUUGUCUAUUAGCAAUGCAAGCGAAGUGGAUUCAGAAUGGGUUGAACAAGAUGAACCCGGGAUUUAUAUUACUAUUAGACAACUAGUUGAUGGCACUAGGGAACUUCGACGAGUCAGAUUCAGCCGAGAAAGGUUUGGAGAGUCGCAUGCGAAAAUUUGGUGGGAGGAGAACAAGGAUAGAAUACAAUCGCAAUACCUAUAGGAAAAAAAAAACAAGGAGAGGCCAAAUACAGUAUGUUAUACUACUAUAUAUUCAAAAGAAUUUGAUAGGAUUUGACCAGUUUUUUAUGUAUGUUUAUUUAUUUUAAUUUGGGAAACAUGAUUGUUUUUAUUUAUUUAUGAAAAUGAAAAUGAUUAUUAUUAUU